GCCACAAUGAGCGACGCAAAACAGGCAGUUGUGGAUUGUUCGCAAGUGAAGCUGUUGUGCGAACGAAAUCGGAAAGACUCGCGUGAAGACACAUGUAGAGUUGAGAGAAAACAAAAAAACAACCACUUACUGUAACAUCUAGAUGGAUGUGAAAGAGGAGACGUGCGAGAUUGACUUGAAUAUCAUGGAGAUAAUAACUGUGAGUAUUAAGGAGGAGGACUGUGAGUGGGAGUCUGGCCUUGAACCGGAGCACCUCUGCAAUAAUGAUGAGGACUGUGAACUGGGGUCAGUGGGCAUUAAAGAAGAGGCUGAAGAGAACUCUGUUAGCAUUGAGACACCCAAACAUGAAAGUAUGGAGAGCGUCAAAGAAGAAGACCUUCAUGAUGGGUGUCAAGGUGGAGUGUUGACUGGGUUAAUCUCUUCUCCAAGCAGGCACUGUGCAUCUCCAGUGUCUAUCAACGUGAGGUCAGAAUCAUUGCAGUCUGAAACAAAGAGGACUGAGAACAAUUCAUCUUGUAGAACUCGGGAAGAUCAGUCACCACCUGCAAACAAGUCAGGAAAAAGAAACAAACCUCACAGCUGUUCUGAAUGCGGCAAACAAUUCUGUGACAGGAGUGCUCUAGGGAGACACAUCCGAACUCACACUGGGGAGAAGCCAUAUUGUUGUAAUGAAUGUGGUAAACGAUUCUCACAAAUGACCAAUCUUCAGAGACAUGCAAGAAUUCACACUGGAGAGCCCCUUGAAAAGCUAUACAGCUGUUCUGAAUGUGAAAAAUGUUUUUCACAAAGGAGCCACCUUCAGCGCCACAAAAGCGUUCACACUAGAGAGAAGCCAUACUGGUGUUCUGAAUGUGGCAAAGGAUUCUCACAAAGCACCAGUCUUCAGAUCCAUAAAAGAGUUCACACAGGAGAGAAGCCAUAUUGCUGUUUGGAAUGUGGUAAACACUUCUGUGACAGUACUACUCUUCGAAGACACAGCAGGAUUCACUCUGGAGAGAAGCCCUAUUGCUGUUUGCAAUGUGGUAAAAACUUUUCUCACAGGACUACUCUUCAGAGACACACAAGAGUUCACGCUGAGAAAUUAACCCCGAGAGAAAAGCAGUAUUGUUGUUCUGAAUGUGGCAAGCAAUUCUUUCGGAAGAGUAAUCUGCAGGUACACCUUAGAAUUCAUACCAAAGAGGAGCCAUAUUGCUGUAAUGAAUGUGGCAAAAAGUUUUUGAGAAUGAGCCAUCUUCAGAACCACAAAAGAAUUCACACAGAGGCCACCAAAGAGUGAAGUUCACAACCUGUUGUGAUAGUUAGCAAACCAAGAACAUUUUGAGAAAUUGUGUCCAAGGCUGGAAUGACAGCAAAAACAAGAUAUCAAAAAGACUGACCAGCAGAAGAGGAGUAGCAAUUGAAAAGACAUUAAAUACAGUGGGAAACAAGCGGACCUCCUGCUCCAGCUACACGUAGAUCAAUACCUAACCCAUGAAUGGCUUGCAAUGAGUGAGUUAAGACCAAGGGAUCACCUAAUCAUAGCAGCACAGGGCAACAGCCUGCACUCAAGGUCUUUCAAGACAACAAUAGAAAAAAUGGUAAAACAGAAGGUGCCGAUUCUGCCAUACAGGGAAGGAAGUGGUUAUUCAUCUGAAUGCCAGUUGUGAGGCAGAUGACUUAUACAGUCAGUGAUGCAAUACAGUUGCCAGAUUGCAUUGUUGGAAAACAUGUAAAAAUACACACUGCCACUACCACAGAUGCAUUGGGACCACACUCCAGACCAAAUGACAGAAAAUGGGGAGGUGUGGUCCACUUGGGUCAUACCGAUACCAAGUAACGGACAAACAGAUGCCAGUUUCUGUCCCAAGUAAUAACUCUGUAAUUGGAAUGAACAGACCAAAAAUAACCAAGUGGCAAGAAAUGCAAUCUGAGAUGUGCCAGAAGUGGAUUAAAACCGAGACUGUGCCACUGGUGCUGGGAACUACUGGCCUUUUACAAAAUAAUAAUUCCAGGCCCAUCUAGACGCCCGACCCAUAGCUGUCCCUUUGUGUGACCCACACAAGGAAGCAUCAUUAGGGAUAAUGCAAGUACUAUGCCAAGUUUGACAGCAAAUUUAAGAGAAUAACAAAAGAAGAAGUGCAAAAAUCACAGAAAAAAUCUCAAAAGUGAGGUCUACUCCUAUCCUGAAAGUAAUCAAUCCAAGCCAUUGUUGAGAAUUUAGCCCCACGAGAAGCCCUUUUGCUGCUCUAUAUGUAGCAAAUGCUUUGUGCUUAUAAUCGGUGUUACAGUCUGCAGUUGUGCUGCCCUCUGCACUCUUCAUUGUACUGCUGUACUCAUUGUAGAAAUUUGUUUUUCUUGUCUACUGACUAUUGGCACAGUAAUUUGUAUUGCCUUGUGUUUAAUUUGUGUAUAUUAGUGGCCAGAAGAUCAGGAAGAAUCUGAUUUUCAUCUUACAGUGUGACUGACUGUCUACUGGGCAUUCAACAAGAAGUUCUCAACUUAAUAGAAUUUAUAAUCGCAGAGAUCGAAAUAACGUAACGGCAACAGAGUAGAAGGGGAAAUGCAAGAAGCUCAUAAAGCACAAAAGACCAAGUCUUGCUAAAUAAAGUAAUUACAGAGUUCUGCAGGAAGGCCCAAAAUCUGAGGUUGACUAUAUAGAAGAAAAUAAAA